UCCUCUCUUUACUCUCUUCACCCCUCACCAAAAUUUAGCUACAUUUUACCUUCUGUUCUUUGUACAGUAAAUUUUUCACUUGCUUUUUUUUUUUUUUUACUAAUUUGGCUUUAAAUUUGUGAUGUUGUUGCAAUUUGAGUAACCCAGUUUUAUGUGCUUGUGAUUCUAUGCUGUGUUUAUAUGUAACUUGGCUAAUUUGGAUAUAGUACAAGAGAAAGAAAAAAAAAAGAAUUCAUCUUUGUUUUGAGCUACUGGUUUUUGCUUGUUAAGAUUGAUUGAUUAGUGGCAAAGUGAUCCCAAAUGUUGUUUGCUUCAGCAAUUACAUUGAGAUUAUUAGAACAUAAAUCCUGUUUUUACUUAAUUUGUCUCAAUUAUUGUCUUUUUUCCCUCAAAGCAAGUAGAAUUUUUUUUCUGUUUUGAGUUUUCUGCAACUUCUUCUUUGGCCUUUAAGUGGUUGUAAGUAACUUGUAACUUUACCAUGUCUUUUUAUCAGUUUUUGAGCUUCAAUUAUAUAUAUAAAAAAAAAAAAAAAAAACAUCGAUUUUAUGAAUAUUUAGGCAGUUGUUAGAUAGUAACAAUGUAACAUAUAGGUUGAAGUUUUCUAUGUUUUAGAAGUUAGUCCAAUGAAGUAGGAGAUUAUUUCAUUUUUAGUUCUUUAGUGGUGUCUUAUGCUUAGACCUUAGUGGUAGUUUAUACAGGUUCAACUAUCCUCGUCUUUAGGUUGAGUUUAUGUAGCUCCUUUCCUAAUAUUUUAGAUAAACAGCCUAAUCCUUUAGAGUACUCCCAACCAUUACCCUCCUUGUGGGUUAUGAGGAGUUGAGGACAGAGAGUAUAAAAGUAAUAUUAGUUUAUUUGGAAGGAGAAAAAAUUUGGCCAAAAAAUUGGUGUUCAGCUCUUCAUGAUGGACCAAGAAAAAGAGGAGCAAAGAAGGAAUUGGAGGAGAGACAACAUAUGUGGGGAUAGGUGGAAGAGUGAGAAAGUAAUAAGAUAAUUAAUAACCACAAACUACAGGGCAACCAUUGGUUGUGCUCUAGUCAAGAAGCGGAUUGAAAACUUUCGAUGAAAUAUAACAAGUGUAGUGAUUGAUUUGAUGGGUAAUAACACCAGAUAAGGUAGUGUUCAGUUCAACUUAUUUUUACUUAUUUUAGGAAACAAAAAAUUAAGAUAAGUUCGAACAACGUCAGAUAAUAGAAAUAGGUCAAAAUCAGUUGAAUAGAAAACACCCUUAAGUUAUAUAGAGGUUAUUAUAUUAGCAAUAGUGUCCCUACCCAUGAUGAACUAAAAUACGUGGUGCUCCAAAAAUUUGAUAAAAUCAGCAUGUCUUUUUAUUAGUUUAUUGUUAAUUAAUAAUAAUAAAAAAAGGAAUGGUCUUGUCGGAGUUGUUCAUAACAGCUGAUGAGAGAACGCUAACUUGACAGCUUACUACUAGAAGCAAAUGCGAUUCACUAAUCCUCUUAAGAGCAAAUUACAUUCAAGAUUUAUGAAAUGAAUAGCAUCGAACUAUAACAUGCUAAGUUCUAACAAGAUUUGUGAUUGAUUUGACAUAGAAUUUGGUACCUGAAAUCCAGAUAUCAACGAUAAACGAGAUGAAUGCAAAUGAUGAUUGUUACUUUCUCCUUUACUUCAUCAUGGGCACAUAUUUUGGCCCUGAUCUUAAAGAGGAAAGAACCAAGAUGUCCGCUUUACAGAGGAUAGCGGAAGGUCUUCCACCCUACACACUGGAGCAAUUAGCAGGAUCCCACAUGAGAAUGUCUGAAAUCGAGCAAAUUUACUAUUAUCUACUAAGGAAAGCGGACAGGUCACUUGCAGUCAAAGUACCCAUAUUUAAACAGUUUGUCCAAGGCAAUCAUCCUUCCGGGGGUGAGGACUUUCUGACACUCUUUCCUUCUCAUUUGCAUCCCCUAACCGAAUCACUCAACCACAGUAGAAUCAUAGCAAAUGUUGUUUUUAUUAGAAACCCUGCUAUCUUCUACAUCAAACAAGAGGAUAUUGAGAGGUUCAAGAGACUAACCAAGCUAGAAGAUUUCUUCAUAGAAAAUAAUGUUGCUAGACUGCCUAAUGGUAUCUUUCUCGAGGAUGAUGAUGAUGACUCAGAGGAAGUGCCCAUUCUAAAAUACUAUCGUGGGUGUCAAAGGAAACGGCGAUUGGAUGAGAUUUUGCAGGCUGAGAAUCUGAAAUCACAGCAGUGUUUGAAGGGGUGUGAUAGUGCACCUAAGCCACUUCAAUUGGCUUUGCCACCAUCUACGAAAGUGAGAGAUGGUCCUGGUAUAGUUAUUCUCCCUUCCCAGCCAAGCAGGGAGGAGCUACAUCGCAUUGUAGAGAUAACAAGAAAUGCGUAUGCAGUGACUGGAAGUGCGGCCAAGGGUCAAAUUGGGUCCGGUAUCGGAUUGAUGGACAUUGGUGAAUCCGAAGAUUCAUACCUGUUCCGUGUUGCUCUUCCAGGAGUUAAAAGAGAAAACAGAGCAUUCCAAUGCGAGGUUCAGAGCGAUGGCAGGGUGCUGAUAAAGGGAGAAACAAUCACAGGCGAGAAGCAAAUUCUCCGCUACUCUCAAACUUUCGUCAUGCAAACACAAAACCUGUGUCCAUCAGGACCCUUUUCAGUCUCAUUUCAGCUUCCAGGUCCAGUUGAUCCUCAACGAUUCUCUGGUAAAUUUGGUUCCGAUGCUAUCCUCGAGGGUAUCGUGAUGAAGCAAAACACUUCAACAAGAUUAAUUAAAUCUGGUAGUAAACCAUGACCUUUAAUAACCAGAAAAACAUGUCCCAUUGCUAACCCAAUAAUCUAUGUUGUUUUUUUGUUGACAGACUUGACAGCAUGUGUAUAUAUUUUGGAAAUAGCCAACUUUCAUAUGAUCAGACUGUAAGAAGACUCAUCCUAAACAAUAGUACUUCAUCUUUGUCUUGUGCUA